AGUUGACAAGAUGGCGGAGCAGGACGAUUUGGAGUUCAACCCGAUGUACAAAUGUUUACAGACAAGGUUCCGUGGUGAGUUUGAGAUUGCUCAAGACAACUGCUACCUAGUCUGCAUCCCGCAAACUGCCUCGUUGGUUGGAGUAUCAAUCAGCCUGGGACUUGUUCAAACACAUUUACUGAAACCAUCUCCCAUGUUAAAAGAUCAUUAUAUUAGCACAGAUAAGGACAAUUCCAAGACGAUAUCUGUGGAGGAUGGCAUCAUAACAUGUCUAGAAGGAUUCAGGCAACAAGAUACCGUAAGGGUGUUGUCAGAGGAGCUGGGCUAUAAUAAGAAUUACAAGCCAUUCAAGAUGUUGAUUAUCGAGAGACCGCUAGAGGGUGCCAGAAAAGGAAGGAGGGGUUCAGCGGGAUUAUCUGAUGAGUUUCUAACACCACGCACAACCUAUGCAGAGAAUUGUAAAUUCCUCAGUCUCUUCCAUGAGAACCGUGCCCAGCUGAGCAAUAUGCAGAUGAAGAUCUCUGAGUUCAACCAGACGUAUAUGAUACUGCCAGGGUACCUCAUGGAUACAGCAUGCAAGCUACGAGGCAUCUGGGAACACUCCAGACUGGCAUUCAGUGAAACAAAUAACUACAUCAGACUACAGUCAGACAGUAGGUUGGAAGAGGCAAUAACAGUGGCACUUGAGAGCUACAUCAUGGGCGGAGUUCACACCAAGGUCUUCAAGGCAGUCUGCCAGCAGAUGGCCGAGGAUGACCAGGUGUUGUACAGGCGGGUCCAAGAGCUGCAAGGGGUCAAGGCAAACCAGCUGGGGGUCAAAAAAGACUUCUGCUGCCCACUGCCAGCAGCUGUGGUUGAGUUGGCAAGACUUGACGGCAUUAAUAACCCUCAAGAAAAACUACUCUGUCUGAAAUCAACAUUGGAUGCUAUCACUGAUGAAGUGUCCGCCUAUCUCAGAAUGAAUCUUGCCCCCGGCUACUCGCUGCCUUGCCUUACAUCCGAUGAACUCAUACCCCUACAGGUUCUGGUGAUUAGCCAAGCCAAGUGUCAGUACCUUGCCAGCAACCUGUUCUACAUGGAACACUUCCAUUGGGUCAAGUCGGACCACAACGAUGUUGGCUACACACUGGUGUCGUUUAAAGCAGCGAUGGAGUACAUGAAAAACACUGAUUUCACUAAAAUCAUGGGAAGCCAAAAACUUAAAAAGGAGAUGACUGUUGAAGAACUGAUGGCGGAAUACAAUUCCAACUUUGAUCAAGAUCCCGAGCUGCAGAAUGCAUCGCCCCUGGCUCGUUCCACCAUUGGCAACAUCACACGAAUGAUGGAGAAGACCACCGUAUCGUCGGACUCUGAGGGUCACAAGACAAUUUAUGCAGGUAAACCAGCUGUAACAAAGCCAAGGACUAGUGCAAAUCCUGUCCCAGACGUAGUGCCCCAUUCGGAGAAGCCUGUGUUAGGGGAUUUUCUAUCGGCCUUACAGAAUGAUGUCCUGGACUGUACAUACGGGAAGCUAGACUGAAGGACUGGAGGCAAGUCUAACAGUGGAUUUCUGGCUCUUUGUGUUUGGGUUCCACUGCCUUAACUGGUUCUCAACAAAGUAUACGAAAAAGAAACGCUCUUCUGCUGACAAUGCACUGUGCUCAUGUUGUGGAGUUUGUUGAGUUUCACUGUACUCCAACCUCCAUGCAUUCCGUGCUCAAGCACCCCUUCAGUGGGAACAAAUGGAAAGAUGGGGCUGACACUUGGAAAUCACCACUGCCAUGCACUCAGUGGUCUUGCUUACCCCUCGUUUGUGCACAUUCAGAUAAAAAUCAAUUUUAACUUCAUGCUGUAAGCACACAGACCAGUGCACAUUGACUUGUUACCAGGCAGUUGGGACUGCUACACGUGCAGAAAUAUCGACAUUGUGGAGACCAAGAACGUUGUGACUUUCCUGUCUUUCCAGACAGCAGGAAUUGUGCCCCUAACACGAUGAAGGCCUACCUACACAGUCAUUUCUUUACAACCGAGGAUUCUGACCUUGAGGAUAGAAAAUGUAUUUCCUUUGUAUCUAUAGUAUAGAGUACCAAAUCUGACAUCAUUUUAAAUUUAGUAUAGAAAAGUGCAAACAAAUGGAGCACGUGCCCGUGUUGGUUCAUGUGCUGAUUCUCACAUUAGGGCUUUUACACACACAAUUGUGUUUGUGAUGUAUACACUUUGGUAUUUUAUAACACCGUUCCUUAGUUUAACUUACCAGAAUAAUGAAAUGGAAUGAAAUAUAACGCUAGCUUCUUGGUUUUCAUUUCCAACCUCAAUUGUCUCAUUGGAAAUUUAAAAGUUUACAUUUAACACAGAAAAUCCUCUGCAUUGGAAAGAAAGACUUGCAUUGCGCCCGCUGUAUCAAAUCUGAUGAGUUGGAUUUUGAUUGAGAUUAAAAUUGUACCUGUAUUUCUCUUGCAGUAAGGUGCAGUUUUGUUUGGGAAACACUACUUAACGUAUUGUGAAAUGUUCAGCAGCAAUUUUUUGCUGUUUUCCUGUGCAUGCAGAAACCAUUUUUUGAAGAACUGAAAAAUAUAAGUAGAUGUUUUAUUUGGGCUGCUUGUUAUCUUUCAUGAUUUUCACUUUUCAAUGGACUCUAUUUAGAUAAUAAUCCUAGGUAAUCGCAGAUGUGUGCAAUAGAAGAAUAAACUGAAAAAAAUUUCCGUUACCAAGAAAUAAAAGGAAAUCAGCAAUUUGGGGGAAAUAAACGUGAAAAGUAUUUCUCCAAAUAAUUAAUUCAGUCGAAAGAUAAGUGCAGUGUAACAGGAAAAUAUCUAUGCAGCUGAAGUCAAAUUUCCUAGUUCUUGCUGUUUCUUCCUUUGCAUAUUUGUAUAUUUUGGUGUCAAGGGCAAUGCUCUUGUAACAAUACGUGCUACUAAUUUGAGAACUAAAGUGGGGAGAAAGGGUGUUGACCGAAAUUUACAUGAAUCAAGUUGCUUGACUCAAUGUUUUUACAAUGCCCAUUUCUGUCACAAUUGGAAAACACUUUUCUCAAGUUCAUGCAUUUAGAGAAUAUACCAAUAUUUGAAGUUAAUUUAUGUCAUGUAUUUAUCAAUAUUGACGCCCUAAAGUAAAAACUUUCUCCUUCAGCUUCUCUGAUAGGAAAAUAAUUGAAACAAAUCAAAAGGAUGUAAGGAAAACACUUCAAUCUAACAUUGCAGCCAGUUUUUAGUUUCAUUUUUUUAGUUGUUAGAAACUGGUUAUUUUAGCGAUCCACCUGUUGACAAACGAGCGCUGAGAAAAAGAAAACUUAAAUGUACAAGUAAACAGAAAUCUGAACCUUUACACUUGUAAAUUAUUGUAAACGAAAACAGUUUUUAUCAUGAUUUAACUUCUUCUUUUUCUGGAUUUCAUUCACAUGUCAAUAUACACUACUCCCUCUAUUUAUUGUACAUUUAUUUAAGAGCAGCUUGUAAAAACAUACUAAAUAAAACUGUUUUGAUGAUUAAUCCAUGUGUUAUAUAUUAUGGAACGUGUUUCCUACAUUAACUGAAAUUUUUACUACUUACAAUUCACAAAACAGUGAAGUGAAAUAAAGCUACUAAGUAAUUUAA